AUGGCAGAGCUGUCAGUGACUCUGAGAGCUAAGAGGACUAGAUGGGAAAAGAUGGGAAAAGCAAGCCUAAAGAGAGCCUAGUCUUAAUGCAAUCCUAACUUUGUCUACUCAGAGAAAAUCCUAUUGAAUUCAAUGGGGUUUACUCCCAGGUAAAAGGGGUUAUGAUUGCAGCUGUUGCACAGGGAGUAGUACAUUUUGCUUUGUGAGUUGUUGAAUACAAGCAUUUGCUUCUUGUGCCUUUUUUUAGUUUAUUAGCAGAACUAAUAUCCUCAGACACAUCUAGAAAGUCAUGCAGCACAACCUUAUGUAGGCUUACUCAGAAGUAAAUCACAAUGUGGUAGCAGUAGGAGGCCUCUUAAGUCUCUGUUUCAGCGUGGAUCUACACACAGGAAAAAACACGAUAAGUAAGUCACAAAUUAAAUCGUUAUAAAAAACGAAAAAAACACUAUGUAAAAUCUCAUAGAAAAAGUUUGUUCUUCAGCACCAUCUGGUGUUGCAUGUUUAUAACAUUCAAAACACUGGGUUUUUUUUACUAAUGUAGGUGAGUCAUCAGUGCCACCAGUUUUAACAGCAACCCUGUGCAUAUUUACUUCAUAACAAGUCCUGGUGAGUUCAGUGGGGCUUAUCCUAAGCCAACAGCCAUACAUAUAAAGUGCAUGGUUUCCCCCAAAUCCUAGCACAAACUACGGGGAAAGCUUUCAAUGUAUGGUGUGGAUGUGAACCUUUUUUUCUGCACGAAAGUGUGCAUUCAUUAUAAAAAGUGGAAUUGAUAGUGUAUGGGGAAAUUUGGGAAAUGUGAUUUUUUUUGGGGGGAGGGGAAAUAUCCAGUGCACAGUCAUGGUUUGCCAAAUAAAGUUAUACUGAUUUUUUUUAUUUUAAGUCUUUCAAUAAAAAUGUAUUGGAGGCAGUGGUGGUUAUUUAUGACUUUGAUUUUGCGGGGGGUGGUGUAGCCAUUUUUAAAGAACAUGUGUUGUACUUUAUGGAGGUCCCUGGCAGAUGAUUACCAAGGGGACGAGGGCGAUGUGAAGGUGAACAUCUCCCCUCCACGUAUCCCUCGGCUAAGGGCUCAUUUCGCAGCAGACGAUCUCAGAGCCCCGGAAGGAGGCGCCUCCUGACGCAGGCCUCCCCGUGGGCCCCUCCCCCUGCCUUCUUUCCCCGCCCUCCAGGUCCCGAGGACAGCGCCGAUCCCGCUCUCUGCGUUCCAUUCGUCAGCUCUGCUCCGCUUUUUGCGCCUGCCGUUCGAUUGGCUCGGCACUCGGCAUCUCCGCACUCGGCUGCUUAGGUGCUCGGCUAGGCGCCCUGGCCUUGGUAGUAACUCGGAGCAGCAGCAGCGGCGGCAGAAACUGCAGGGGGAGAGGCCGCCGUCGGAUUUGGGUUGUCCCUCCCUGGACCAGGCCCCGACCAGCCCGGAGCGUGCCUCACGCCACCGCUCCGGUCCUCUCCGGGAUUCGAGGGCGCCAGGCCUUGGCCAGCCCCCCCCCCCGCCGCCUCAGGUAGGCUCUGGGCCUAGAGGCUCCGGGCCUGCCUCCUCUCUAGGGGGGUUGCCGGGCUCCCUCAAGCCGGCGGGGAGAGAAACGCGGCGGGUGGGGCCGGCCGGGGAGUUGGGGAGCCUGAGGCGAAGGGCGGGACGCGUUUCAGGAAGGGUCUCCUGGCGGCGUCGAGUUCCUCCGCUCCACCCCGCCCACCGCGGAGCCUCCCGCGGCCGCGUCUUUCUCGCGAGGAGGCUGCCUGGCUGUGGCCCCCGCGUCCUCCCCGCUCGGAGAACCGGCUAGCCAGACUCCUGGCGGCCUUGGCCUUCCUUCCCGGGACCCGCAGAGCGAGGCUCUGAAGGCCCGCCCUGUGUUGUUUCCGGAGCCGUCGGUCUAAAUACGGGGAGGCAGCGCUUCCUUAAUUUAAAAUACAUUCGGUUCCCCUCCGCCCACGUAAACAGUCGGCCGCACGAUUUUUUCCCCUUUUUCAGGGAUGCGAGGAGGAAUUUUCGCAGCGGGAUGUCUGUUUUCCUGUGCGAAUGUGGCUCCGAGCCUGCCCGCGCUUCCUUGAGAGUAAGGCCUGGUGGGCACGGGGACCACGACGGCUUGGCUCUGAGGAAACGAGCACGAGAUUGCAGGGAGAGUUGGCUGUUAACUCGCUGGGGUCUUUCUGUACACGGGUCUUAAUUAAUUAUUAUUAACUAAGAAUAAUUAAAUGUGAAGAGGGUUGUGAGGCUUUGUAUGUAGAAGAAGGUAUUUGGUUCGGAGAACUCAAGCCUGUUUUCCCCAAUGUUUUUAUAACUCCAUCCAGCCAUAUAUUUAACACCAUAAUUGGGAUACAAUUGUUUUUUCCGGUCAUCAGGAUUUUACAGAAUUGUGGACUGGUAUAUGUUGGUGUGUGUGUGUGUUCUGUACCAUGAAAUUGCUUAUUAGUUUUCUAAGCUGUGUGUGUUUGGUAUGCUUUAAGGAUUUGGACUUCGCUGUGUAUUAAAGAAAUUUCCUAACAUGUCACCUAAAUAUGUUUUCUUGCAGUUUAUAUUAACUGCUUCUUAGAUCCAGAAAAUAUUUUUUCAUUUACUAUUUUCUGGAAGCUUGUUAAUAUUUGAAUACUGGCAGUAUGUUAGUCCUAUCUCAGUUCUUAAAAGGUAGAUCCUUUUAGUUUGUCUUAAUGUGACUUGCUUUCUAGACUGUUUAUCACAUUUGUAGUUUUUCUCUGAAUCCUCUUCUGCCUAUCAUCAUCUUUCUUUAACUGAGGUAUCUGGGUAAACAUAACACACUGAAUGAAACUUCUCUGCUCAGCAUUGGGUAGUACAGAAAGAACUACUGUACUUGAUACAAAUCUAAUGCAGAUACAGCUCUCAGGAUGGCAUUGUACUUUGGAGCUGCAUCAUUGCCUUCAUUGCUCAUUUCAUUUGUUUACAUUUUUCUCAGAAGUGUUAUUGAGUAUUGGAACAUCUGCUUUUAUAAUUGUGUAUUGGAUGGGUCUCGUAUAUAAAUUUUACAUUUGACCUUGUUGAAUUUUACUUCAUUGUUAACUCCUCGGCUCUUCAUUUUGAAACUAUCUGGAGUUGUUUUGCUUUUCAUCCAACAUGUUUACUGUUACUCCCAUUUGUGUUGUACUUGCAGAUCUGAAUAAAUGGAUAACUACUUCAUCCAAGUAUUUUUUUUUAAAUAAACUUGCUGUUGUCACCACUAAAAUUAUUUGGUGAUAUACCCUAUAACACACAAAUGGUUUUGUAUGAUAAAACCAAGCAAUAGGCACAGGAAGAACCAGCAGAGCAAAUAUUUUAGGUCUAAAACUGAUAAAUAAUUAUUUAUUAUUAUUAUUAUUAUUAUUAUUAUUAUUAUUAUUAUCUACCUUUUCAUCAGAUUGUCCCAAGGUGGCAUACCACAUUAAAAAUAGAUUAAAACAGAUUGAUGUUGCUAGUCCCCUUAUAAAGCAAAUGAAACUGAACUAUAAUUGCAUUUUAAUACAGUUUUAAAAAAAUUUGUCUGUAUAUGCACAGUUGUAAAAGUUAGAGGAUUGAAAUUUUUGAAGGGUGGUUAUAUAGCUGGCCUUCUAAGGGAAGCUGGGUGAGAAAAUUUAUGUUGAGCUUCCUUUAAGGAUGAAAUCUUGAAGGAAGUGCCGCUGAAUUCUGUAGGAUUUACCUUACUUCUGUAGGAGUAACCUUACAGAGGAUUGGAAUGUUGCUUGAUGAAGCUCCAGUAAGGCUGAAUGGCCAAAAAGACUGGGUUGUUAAAAAAAGAAAUUAAACAAAGACAUAUCUACAGUAUUAUAAUCUUAACUUUGAAACAUAGGCAGGUGUACAGAUAGAUUCAAAAGGGUGAGCAAAAAAUCUUUACAAAAAAGGUCAUGGAAAGUUUUAUUUAAUGUGAAAUUGUCAAAUAGCACUAUUGUGCUUUUGACUGAGUAUUUAUGAGAGGCCCCUUUUGCAGAGGUUGACAGUAUUGUGGAGUGCCUUGUUUAGGGUUUUUUACUGCUGCAGUCCUUCAGAUAGGGGUGCCCAAACUUUUUUCAAAGAGGGCCGGAUUUGAUGACGUGAACAUGCAUGAGGGCUGACCAAAGUUGUUGAGCUUUUUUUUACGAUUUUACCCCAAAGUUGUUGAAGUUGUUUUUUAGGAUUUGAACCCAAGAAAUAAACUGCCACAGGGGCCGAAUUAAACCAGCCAGGGGGCUAGAUGAGCCCCACCCACGGACUUUGGACAUGCCUGCUUUAGAACAGACCACACUAGUGCAGUUUGAGUGUCAUUAAACCAUAUUUUAAAACGGACAACGGCUGCAUGUGUUGGUUUGUGCUGCACAAAAUUUCCCCCAGUGCUCUUUCCCCAUUUCUGCCAUGUUGCAGAUGAGAUCAGCUGGCAUCUGUUUUGUCAUAUUUGAACCUGAGCUUAUGGUUACUUCUCUUCAAACAAACAAUGAAUGGUAAAUAAAGCCAAGAACAACUUUGGUUACCACUUUGGUUUGGAGAGAAGCAAACUGUGAGUCCGGGUUUGGACAACACAACAAGCUAAGCUCUCGGUCUUGUUUCAUUUUCAAUGCAACAGGAGCGGGGAUGAAUGCUGUGGACUCUUCUGAACAGUGUGCACAACACGUUGCUCAUUCACAUUACAACAUCAUUAGUUUAAAAUAUGGUUUAGGGUGAUGUGUAAACUGGGCCAUUGUGUAGUAUUACUGCAGUCUAACAACGUAAUGUGUAUAUUACGUUGUAUAAUAUAUAGUUUUCACAAGGCCUUGUAUCUCAGAAUGUUCUUUCAGAGUUGACAAGUUCCAGUCUGUGUUCUGUUGCCUUAACCCAACUCAGCAAAGUGCUAUUAAAAGUGUGCUUACUAGAAUGAUCGUUUUAUUAUCUCUUUUUCAUUUUGUCUUCGUCAUUUUUGCCACUGUGAAGUAUAACCCAAACUUACUUUCCCUCCUUCAUGUCUUCUUCAGAUUGUCAUUCAGGAAUGCACUAGUUCCAAACCUGCCAAGUUCUAUCAUCUGUGGAUCUACUUUUCCUUUGUUUUGGUAAGAAAAAUCUUAGAACUAUUCUUUGAUCUUUUAUGUAUUGAGUUGCAUUGUAAACAACUGGACAGUCUCAUCAAUUCACAUUCAGUUAACAUAAAUUUUAGGCUUUAGAAACUCCAUGGUAAGUAUCCCCCUUGAGUAUAGGAGCUGGCUUUUUCUGCAUUCAUUCUUUGUAGAUUUUUAAAAAACAUUCUCCUUUUCUUAACCAUGUGAGCAUCAGCGUUCAGACUUAAAAAGAGAUGCAUUGUUUUUCGUGUUUUCUCUGUUGGCUUGAGCCUGACUUUAAGAACUUUCCUCCCUUUUAAAAAAAGUACUAUAUAUAACUCAUUUAACUUGAGUAGUCCCUAUUAAAAAUAAAUAAAUAAAUAAAUAAAUAAAUAAAGCAGAAUCAGUUCUUCAAAUGUUGAAAAACUUACUUGGGGAGUAGGGGAGAAAAUUAUUUGGCAAGUGUGUGUGUGUAUGUGGGGAGUUUAGUAUCAUUACCAAAUCCUCGUGAUUCAGCAAACUUCUAUAGCAAAUGGUAGGACCAAGUUUCCCUGACUUUUGUCUCUGAGGAGAAGAUCGCAUUUCAGACUAUAAUGAUGUAAAUGUGCAUCCAAAUGUGCAUCCACAGCAGGAACAUCUGGGCACAUUUUAAAACUAGCUUUUGCUAUUGCAACAUUGAUUUUUUCUCAGAAAACUCAAAAUUGACCAGGCCUGCACUUAGCUGAUAACAGAAAACUUAUUGUACUUCACAGUUUGGUAGGAAAUUGUUUCUCAAACUGAGAGUGCCAAACCACAGCAGAGACAUUGCAUGUGGUUCCACAGAAAUAAAACUUGUCUAUUAUGACCUAUUACAUGGAUACAGAUGCAUGGAUUGUAUGAACUGAAAUGGGACAAUUAGUUGCAGCCCUCCAGCUUUUUAAUACAAAGGCCUUUGGAAAACACAUUCUCAUAUGUGGGAAUAUGACUUCCCUCCCUUUUUCUCUAGUGUUGAGGCACUUGCAAGAAGUGGUACUGGAACUAACCUAACUCCCACUGUGCCAGAGGCUUUGAUUGUUUUAUUGUUCACUCAUCUUUAGCAUAUGCUUCAACUGAAGUAGUUCAGAAACUAUAAUAAACUAUAAUAAAACGUGGUUAAAACCAACCAAUGUAACAAGAUAUUAAAGACAUGUAAAGCAGCUGCUGAAAGUAAAUUAGCUCAAGAAUAGAUCUACAGCUGCUGCUAUUUUAGCCCAUCAAAAGCACCUUCUUAAAUAUUCACUGCCUGUGAACAGUCAUCAAAGUAGGGGCAAAAGCGACUAUUGUUAGAAGAGUAUUCCAUAGACUGAAUGGUACAGUGGAGAAGACCUGGAUCCGUGCCUUUCUAUUUCACAUGUGUGUAAGAAGGGACAUGAACAGAGUCUCCCCAGCAGGUUGGGAAAUUAGAGAUGGGGAGGUAUUUAUGGAGGAAGAGACUUUCACUGGUAUGUAGGAUCCAAGCUGUACACCGCUUUAAAACUGAGAACCAGCACUUUAAAUUGGGCCUGGAAGCAAAUAGGCAGAUAGUGCAACUGAUAAAACAGGAAUAAUAUGUUCUUUAUAAAGUGUACCCAUCAUAAGGUGAACGGUUGGCUCUUGCACCAUCUGCAUCUUUCAAACAGGAGGCAGUCCUGUGUAGAGUUCAUGGCAGUAAUCCAAAUAGGUUACAAAUGACAGAGGCUAGGUGCCAGUUUGAGAGGAGCAGCCAAAAUUCCCUCAGAUGUUACUAAUAAAGUAUAUUAGGGAAUUUGAACACUUGUUCACAUACAUACAGAUAUCUGCCAUUUUGCUGCCUAUUCUCAGUGCUGUGAACAGUUUAUUAAAAAAAUACUUUCUUUUCCACCUUUGGAUCCAGAAGGAUUUUCAAGGUGGCUUAUAUAAAAUAAUGGAGUAUAAUUGCGUUAGGGCUGCUUCUGCACCUUGCAACAUGUGCUGUUCUACAGGCAGUACUACAAGUUCUUCCAAAACAGUUUUCAUUACUUCAUUCUUUCCUUUCAUCCUUCAGAAUGCAGCUCCCAUGCAUUUAUCUAGGGCAGCAAGAUGGAAUCAUGUAUAACCAAUCCUAAAAACUGCGCUGGUGGUUUGUGUUCCACUGGGCCUAAUUCAAGUUAUUAGUAAUGGCUUGCAAAGUCUUCAACAACUUAGGACUCAAACCUCCAUUUCCUGCCAACUUGAUCCUUAAGAUUAGCAAUGGGAGGCUAUUGCAGCCCCCCAUCAGGAUUUGGGGAGCAAGGAUCUGUAGAAGGGCCUUCUCCAUAGUGGGACCCGAAUUCUAGAAUUAUCCCCAUAGGUAUGCCUGUUGCCCCCACUUUGGUUUUCAGACGUCAAUUAAAGACAUUUUAAUUCAUCUAGGCUUUUGUAGUUUAAAUGUUUAACCCUUGGCAACAGUACUGGAACCAGUGUUUUAAUGAGUUAAUAAUUGUUUUAGUGGUACAUUUUUACUGUGUGUGUUAUGAUGGAUAUAUGUUUGUACAUCACCCUGGGCUCCUUUGGAGGAAUGAUGACAAACAAACAAACAAACAAUAGAAUGGCAUCUCAUUCUCAUGGUUGGCAAGUGAUUGGUCCUUUGUCUGGUUUCAUGCUUAUUAUUCUCUUUCCCAGGACUCUAGGACUUGUUGCUGAGCAGGGGCAGAGAGGGAGGAUCCAAGUGCAGCAGCUGUACAUUGGGUCAUCCACUAAGCAAUAGUAGUUGGUCCUGUAACUUUUCUCAGUACAGUGGUACCUCGGGUUACAAACACUUUGGGUUACAGACUCCACUAACUCAGAAAUAGUACCUCAACUUUACCUCAGGAUGAGAACAGCAAUCGCGCGGUGGCAGCGGGAGGCCCCAUUAGUUAAAGUGGUACCUCAGGUUAAGAAUGGUUUCAGGUUAAGAACAGACCUCCGGAACGAAUUAAGUUCGUAACCAGAGGUACCACUGUAUACUUUUAGACUUGCAUUUCUUUGAAGCGCUGCUAAUUAUUUUCAUACAAAAUGCUAUUAAUGCACAAUUUCACUGUUCAGAUGCUUUUGCAGGUUACAAUUCAUUCAUUUAUUCAUUUGGAGUAUUUAUACUCCACCUACUAACCAAAGUAAGCAACUUACAAUGUAUUUAAAAUAUAGCAAAAUAGGCAAGAGUUACCAGACAGGCAAAAGUGUUACCACAUUCCCCCACCCCCAAAUGUCCCUGCUACUACUUUGUUUUUGAACAUUUGGGCUAGAGCAGAUCUAAUGUUGGUUAAUAAGAAAAAGGUCCAGUUCAGAGUUUUGAGGUGCACACCUCUGUUCAUCACUGUAAAUUAAUGGUUACCUUCUGCUUACUAUCUCUAGAGCCAUUUACUGUUCAUGUUCUUGUUGUCUUGUACUUUUAUUACUGAAGAGCUAUAGGACUCUUAAAUUUGAUUUGCUUUCAUUAGCUAAUCCAGUUGCUCACAGAAUGUUGUAAGACGUCUUUGAGGAAAACAAGAAAGCAGAUGCUGUUGCAAUCUGUGUGAAACUACUGGGACCUGUUUUGGCUAUUGGUAGUUUAUGCUAAUACUGGCCUGCUGCUGUGGACCUUAAAACAGUGGGUUAUAGCUUCAAAAUAACAAAUGAACUUCAUUGCAUUAAAGAAUUAUGGCAAGAAGCAUGUUCUGAUAAGGGAAUUAAGUUAUGCACGGCAGGAAAAUGAAAUGUUGCUGGAAUUUUAUUGUUUAAAAUUUGCAGUUUCUUCCAUUUGGUUGAGUGAAAUUGAGGUGCUCAGCCUCUUAUUUAACUUUAGAGGACCUUGGUGGGCACAAUUGCCUUGGAAGUACCAACUGCUAGCAGGGGACAACUGGCCUUCAUCAUGGGGCUGAGUGAGUUCCAGCUGCUCGCCUCUACUACUAUGCCUCAAAGGACCUGCUGCCUGGCAACUGCCAGCAAGAAAAUACUGCUUCCCUCAUGGAAUGAGCAAGAGGCAGCUGCUCGGCCAUGCUCCUUUGCCUCAAGAUUUUAGUGAGGGCUGUUCCUGGUAUUACACCAUGGAAGAGCAAGGAUGCAAGCAGAAAAUGCUGCCUAAAUAAUUCUGGUUCCAUGCAGUUACUGUGUAGUUGUUAUUUCUGUAAGCCACUUUGAGAGCAUCUCAGGUAGCAUCUUGGGAUUAUAGAAUGGGGAUUGAAGUACGGUGGUACCUCAGGUUACAGACACUUCAGGUUACAGACGCUUCAGGUUAUAGACUCCUCUAAUCCAGAAAUAGUACCUCGGGUAAAGAAAUUUGCUUCAGGAUGAGAACAGAAAUUGUGCAGUGGCGGCGUGGUAGGCCCCAUUAGCUAAAGUGGUACCUCAGGUUAAGAACAGUUUCAGGUUAAGAACGGACCUCCAGAAUGAAUUAAGUUCUUAAUCCGUGGUACCACUGUAUUCUAAAUAAUAGUAAAUAUGGAUAGGGAUCUUCACUCUCUCUUGUAAUGUGAUGAUUUAUUCUCUGUUAUUAGGGGACAUUUGGUCUGCUUCUCCCUGUGUUCUAAAAGUGGCUAUAAGAAUAAAAGGACAACUUUCCAGUAGGAAUUUUGCAACUUGUGGGGCAGCUUUUGAUUUUUAUGGCAAGGAUUUAUUGGGUACAGUAAAUGCUGUCAGGGAGUGUGGAGGUUAGCAAUUUCUUAGUGCAAUACUGCCUUGCCAAGUCAUCCUUGUUCUGGUGUCCCCCCCCCUUUAUAGCCAUUUAUAUAGCUGAUGAAUGCUGUAUUGUGACCAGUGUCUUGGGUUUAACCUUGUGUAAAUUGCCACUUUUGACCUGAUAUUAAUAUGGAUACUACAAUAUGCUCUGAGAUACGGAUGUCUGAAACGUGUGCAACACAAUUCUAAACACAUUUACUGAGAGGUAAGCCUCAUUACCCUCAGUGACUUAUACUUCCUAUUAAAUAUGGUUAGAAUUGCAGCCAUGCAACCCAUGCCAGUGUUUUUGGUUGAUUGUUCAGAUUUCAUGUUGGUCUUGCUCUUUCUGUGUUGAACAAGUUCAUGGAUUACACGAAACAAAUGAAGUAGAAAGACAUAGGAUUUAAGUUUUGAAAUAGGGAUAGCCAAUGUGGUGCUCUCCAGAUGUUCUGGGCUCCAGUUCCCAUUGGCCUCAGCCAGCAUGGCCAAUGGUCAAGGUUGAUGAAAGUAUAGUUCAAAAACAAAUGGAGGGCAUCACAUUCACUACCCAUGUCUAUUAGUGAAAGGGGCUUGGAUUAGUCAAUAAUUACAGCAAAAGAUAUUAAGAUUACUGAUUGCUGAAUGUUUCCUGCAGAGCAGGGGUAGCCAACAUGGUGCUCUCCAGAUGUUGUGAACUGCAACUCCCCAUUGUUUCUCACCUUUGGGCAUGCUAGCUGGGACUAAUGGCAGUUGUAGUCCACAACAUAUGGAGGGCGCCAUCUUGGUUACCACAGCUGUGUGUUUGGUAUCCCUAAACCUUUUGUUGCUGUUUCUGAUUCAUUGUAUGCUUUGUGAUACUCUCGGUUUACAGCAACAUUGAUUUCCCCUUUCCUACCUUUGUUCACUAAAUAAAUGUGGGCUGAUUGGGUAAGUUGCACAUGAAGAGCAUUGGAAACAUGCAUGAUAUGAAUUGGAGUCUUAUGCUCUCAAGUGAGCCAAGGCUCUUCCAUGUGCUUCUGUUAACUUAUCCUUAAUUUGUAUUACCUGUUCCCAGGUGUGUGGGAGCCUUGAUUUGCACCAUCAAAAGCCUGGUGGAAAAGGAAAGUGUUUACUUGGUGCCAAAAGUAUGUCAAUAAAGGUAUCAAAUGGACCUUACUUAGAGAUCAAGGCAGGGCUCAUUAUAUGGUUGGAUGGGUUAUUUUGGGUUCCAGGCAAGACAUUCAUGAGCUGAGGCACUUUGGAUUUUUUUCAAGUUCUUCCAAGUAUUAAGUAUUAAGUACUGGGGUGCUCCAUGACAUCCCAUGCUUCUUCCUCAGAGGAGGUCUCUGGUGUUUUUGUUGGCAACUGGCAUCUGCAUUCAUUUAUUCUGCUCUUGAUUAAACAGGCUUUCACACAAUUGCUAGAACUGUUCUGUAUGUACCUGGAGUUGAAAGCAGUAGAAACACUUUUCCAAAAUCUGAUAAACAUUACCAGGUAGAUAUCUAGCAUUCUUUCAGAAUAUUGAUGAGUGAAACCAAUGUAUAAUAGUGAUGGGAUAUCCCUUGCAAUGUCCACGGCACACUCUCAUGCCAGAUCAGAUUCCCAAAGGGGUUGAUGUAUGUGUAUUUGCUUUUGAAGUGGAAAGAAAAAGUGUGAGUGACUCCAACUUCUUCCUAUUAUGGAACAAGUGUGAAGGGGGAGUUUUCUCUGUUCCCAAUUUGCACAAGGAAUAGAAACAGGACAUGAGGAAGUGCAGUUGUAAAUGGUUGAGGGUAGAAUGAACACAUUAAUCUUCUGCAUAAUGGUAUUCGUAUUUUCUUUGUAAAAGGUUUACUUAGAUUAAAUCUUAAAGAUGACUGGCUUUACCCAUGUGAUCAUACAGUUGCAUAAUUCUUUUAAAAAUUAAAAACAUCAGUGUUUGAAACAAAUUAAGCCUAGGUGUUCCGCCCAUUCAGAGCACCAUCACCCCCGGGGCCAGUCAUAAAGGAAGAAAGAAAAACCACUCUCAGAUUGCACUCAGAAUGGAUUAUGAAAGUUAAUCAAAUGUAUACACAUUAACUUUAUGUAAACUUGAUUUAUUACACUGGUGAGCAAAGCAAUUCCUCAAGAAAAUUCCCUUGAGAACUCUCUCUGUUAACUUUCCUUAGUAAGGAAAGUUUCUUUUCUUGCAAUUGAUUAAAAAUAUCCGUCUUGGUAAGCAGCUGUUGUCUUGGGUCAGCAGUCUGGAAGUUGUUCUCAAUAAAGUAAAAUUUAUAAUGAGAACUCCCCAGUUUCAUAUUAUGCCUUUUUAGUUUGUAGUAUUUGAUGAGACCUGCUUUCGUAAAUCCAGUUGAUAGUGUGCUUGACCUGGAAAUAUCUUCACAUCCAACUUGGUGGUGUAUUUGCUAUGUGAUUUGGGUUAGGUCACUUUAUUCGGCCUGUGACAUAACUCAUAUGGUGAGUUUUAUGAUGACAGGAAGUGAUUUAGCAGCAGUACAAUGGUACCUCGGGUUACAUACGCUUCAGGUUACGUAUGCUUCAGGUUACACACUCUGCUAAUCCAAAAAUAGUGCUUCAGGUUAAGAACUUUGCUUCAGGAUAAGAAAAGAAAUUGUGCUCCGGCGGCGCAGCAGCAGCAGGAAGCCCCAUUAGUUAAAGUGGUGCUUCAGGUUAAGAACAGCUUCAGGUUAAGAACGGACCUCCGGAACGAAUUAAGUACUUAACCUGAGGUACCACUGUAAAUGUAAUCUGUUUAUGUUCUAUCUUUCUCAAAGAUAUUUUUUUUAAAGCUGAAACUGUCUUGACUGGAAAAUACUUUUAUUCUAAAUACUACAAAAUACAUUUGAAAAUGAAAUUGCCACAAAUCAAUUCUUACGAAGAGUUAUUUUAAAAAAGUUUGACAAGAGUAUCCAUGUAGUGAAGUGAACAUGAAUCAGGUGAUCAGUGAACCAUAGCUAAUAAGAGAGUGACUUGCUGUUGUUAAAUCUCCAACCACACAAAGUUUUUCUUGUAAGACUUUGCAGGCCAUCUACGAUGUGUUAGAUUUGCCAUGAAAAUGCUGGACCUGGGCCCAUCAUUCUGCAACCUGAGGAAGAUCUGUCUUGAAUGUGCUACAAUUACAGUGGUCUCUCUUGAGAAUCUGAUGAUGAUAAUAGUAAUGCUAUGUUGGUGGGGAUGGAAUGUUAACAAUUACACAGAGAGAUACCAAUUUGUAUUGACCUCUUGGAAACUUCUGACUUGGGUUCCUUGAAAUAUAUCUUCACUAUCUAGAUUUCCAUGAGGACAGCCUUGCAAGGAGUGGAUGGCACUUGUGUAGAUUAUUGGCACUUGUGA